AUGCCAGGUCUAACGAACGGUUCGACGACGGACGGAGAGCUCCUCGAGCCCAUCGCCGUGAUCGGAUUCUCGCUCAAAUACCCCCAAGAUGCCGACUCGCCGGCCUCCUUUUGGAAGAUGCUGGAGGAGCGGCGAUGCGCCAUGACGGAGUGGCCCAAGGAUCGCAUCAAUCUCGAACCGUUCACCGGAUCGAGCUUGAAGCGCUCACCACCAGGCGCACACUUCCUGAAACAAGACCUGGGCGUAUUCGACGCGUCCUUCUUCGGCAUGUCCGCGACAGAAGCGAUGGCCGUGGAUCCGCAGCAACGGUGGCUGCUGGAAACGGCCUAUCAUGCACUUGAGAAUGCCGGCAUCCCCAUGGAGCAGGCCUACGGCACCCGGACUGCCGUCUACAGCGGCUCCAUGGCCGACGAUUAUAAGCAUCUCAUCAUCCACGACGCGGAGAACAUGCCCAAGUACGCGGCAACGGGCGUCUGCAUGAACAUGGUGGCCAACCGGCUGAGCUGGUUCUUCAACUUCCACGGGCCCAGCGUGAACCUGGACUCGGCGUGCUCCAGCAGCCUGAUGGCGCUGGAUCUGGCUUGCCAGGGACUAAGGAGCAGGGACUCGGAUAUGGCUCUGGUUACCGGCUCCAGCUUGAUUCUCGCCGUCGAGAGUGUCGUCUCGCUGAUGAACAUGAACUUCCUCUCCCCCGACGGACGAUGCUUCACCUUCGACGAGCGCGCCAACGGCUACUCGCGCGGUGAAGGAUUCGGCGUCGUCGUGAUCAAGCGUCUGAGCGACGCCAUCCGCGACGGCAAUAUCAUCCGCGCGGUGAUCCGGUCCACAGGGUCGAACCAGGAUGGCUACACGCCUGGUCUGACGCAGCCCAGCAAAGAAGCCCAGGCGCGGCUGAUUGUCGACACGUACAGGAAGGCGGGUCUGGACUUUUCCGAGACGAGAUUCUUCGAGGCCCAUGGAACGGGGACACCAGUUGGUGAUCCGAUCGAAGCGGCUGCGAUUGGAAGCGUUUUUCGAACAUCCCGCUCUCCUGAGGACCCAUUAUACGUUGGCGCCGUCAAAUCCAACAUCGGGCACUCGGAAGGCGGAGCAGGCGUGGCGGGCCUCAUCAAGACCAUCAUGGUGCUGGAGAAAGGGAUUAUUCCACCCAAUGCCAAUUUCGAGCGCCUAAAUCCGGAGAUCGAUGCCGAGUUCCUGAACCUCAAGGUGGUAACGCCAUGGCCAACAAAGGGUCUGCGUCGAGCCUCGGUUGCUUCUUUCGGGUUUGGAGGAUCCAACGCUCACGCCAUCCUCGAUGAUGCAUAUCACUACCUGACAAGCCGGGGCCUGACGGCAUCGCAUUGCUCUGUUCGAGAUCCCCCGUCGCUGGGCAAUGGAUCUGUGCCUCGCGCUCUUCAGAACGGUUUCACGCGAGCUGUUAACGGAGUAUCUGAGGCUUCGGAAGGAAUUGCUUCCAAUGGCACGAAUGGAGUCAACGGUGUCAAUGGCAUACAUCCAAGUGAUGAUUCGGGGACCCAGAAAGCCCUCACCAAUGGACACGCAAACGGCAAAACAGGGAAUAAAUCUCGUCAUCGAGUGUUCGUCUGGUCAGCGCAAGACGAAGGUGGUAUCUCGCGGCUGGUCGAUGUGUAUCAAGACUACUUUAAUGGCCUCUCUUCGAAGAGGCUCAACCAGCAUGAAUAUUUGGAUCAGCUCGCCACCACGCUCGCGUUCAAGAGGAGCCGACUCUCCUGGAGGGCGUUUGCGAUCGCCGACUCUCUCGAGGCGUUGAAAGACUUGGGGAGGAUCAUAUCAAAGCCGAUCCAGCAAAGCAAGAACUUGGGUAUCGGAUAUAUUUUCACCGGGCAGGGUGCGCAAUAUCACCGCAUGGGCAUCAGCCUUGUCCAUUAUCCCGUCUUCCGGCAAACUCUGGAGAUGUGCGACGAGGCCUUCCGUGGUCUAGGCGCGCCAUGGUCCCUUCUCGAUCGACUGGAGGAUGGCGGCGAAUCUUUUGACAUCAACGAUCCCCAAUAUGCCCAACCACUGACCACGGCAGUGCAGAUCGCCCUGGUCGAGCUUCUUUCUUCCUUUGGUGUCCAUCCGGUCACAGUUGUGGGCCAUUCUUCUGGAGAGAUUGCCGCUGCUUACGCCGUAAACGGACUCUCGCUGCAAUCCGCCUGCCAGGUGUCCUACUAUCGCGGCAAAUAUGCCAACCAGCUGAAGAAAACCAGCUCUGCCGGCGCCAUGUUGGCCGUCAACCUCUCCGAAACCGAUGUCGAGCCCUACAUUCGGGACGUCAAAGCGCAGUCCGAUGAUGACAGAACCCUCCAUAUUGCCUGCAUCAACAGCCCGUCCAAUGUCACAGUGUCCGGUAGCAAGGAGUUGAUUGAACGUCUCAAAACGACACUUGAUGCAGAUGGCAUCCCUUCGAAUCUCCUUCGGACCGGAGUGGCCUAUCACUCGCUGCAGAUGCUGGAAGUCGCCUCUGCCUACAAGUCGUCUUUGCGAGGGUUGUCCAGCGGCGAAGGGAAGAAGAAGGCUCUCAAGAGACCGACGAUGAUCUCAUCCGUGACGGGCCAGGAGGUCAAGGAUCUGAGCAUCCUCGUCAGUGCAGACUAUUGGGUCGACAAUAUGACUGGCGUCGUCCGAUUCUCGCAGGCAUUGGCCGGGGCCAUUGCUCAGAACGGGUCUUCUUCAGGGCACAGGAAACUCGGUUCGACGAAGAAGCAGGCGGUGCACGACUUGAUCGAGAUUGGGCCACAUCCCGCUCUACAGCGAUAUGUUCGCGAAAUCCUCGAUGCCUCAUCUGCGCGCGGUGCGGUCCGGUACAAUCCAACGUUGGAUCGACGCUCUCUAUCACCGCAGACGCUGCUCAAUACACUCGGCAUGCUGCAUUCGCUUGGCUACCCGAUCGCACUGGACGAGGUCAAUCAGACUCCAAACACUACGAAAGCACCAUGCGAAGCAGGAAGCGCCUUGGUCGACCUCCCCGAGUACCCGUUCAACCACUCCCGGAGAUACUGGUUCGAGACGCCCAGCACCAGGAACGUGCGUCUGCGAUCGCACGGCAAACUCGAGCUGCUGGGCACGCCCGCGCCGGAGUCCACUCCCCUCGAGGCCAAAUGGCGCAAGUUCUUCAACGUGACGGAGACGCCCUGGAUCGAGGAGCACCGGGUCAACGGGAAACCGAUCUAUCCGGCCGCAGGGAUGGUGAUAAUGGCGAUCGAGGGCGCGAGGCAGCUCGCCGACCCCCAGCACGCCAUCGCCGGCUUCUUCCUGAGGGAUGCGACCUUUACACACCCGAUCGCCAUCAACACUGACGGCCAGACCGAGGUGCAUUUGCACAUGCGGCCCACGCGGAGCGGACUCGAGAAGGGCAUGCCGACCUACGAGUACCGCAUCUACACCCGCGACGGUGAGCAGAUGCGCGAGAAUUGUCGGGGCUCUCUCUCUAUCCAGUACGAGAAUUCCUCAUCCCCGGCGGACUGGAAGUCUGGCGACGAAAUCGGCAUCCAGGAAGCCGAGUACUACCGGCAGCGGUGGGAGGACGCAGUGAGAUCUUGCACCCGGAGCGUACCGGCCGACAAGAUGUACGAAGCCUGCAAGGCCAACGGGCUUGACUACGGCCCGUCCUUCCGGCCUCUGCACAAUCUUGCAUGGGACGGCCAGGGCCUCGCUGUUGGCGAGAUCAGAAGCUUCCAAUGGACACCGGAGCAGUCCCAGAACCGUCCUGAGCCUCAUGUCGUGCACCCAACCACCCUCGACGCGGCGGGACAACUG